AUUUGUAAUAAUGUAAACAUAUAUUUAUGACACAAUUGAAUGACACGAUUGCAAUAACCGAUUAAUUAAUUGACAGUUAGUUAACAUAACAAUACAAUUGUCCGAUCAGUCAGUCAGUCCGAUACAGUUAUGGCCACCACUACUACUACUACCACCAACACUGACCGCCGCCAUCAAUACAUAUCGCUAGAGUUGGACGCGUCAACCGAACUUCGCGACUGCAAACAUGCGGCCCAUUGUCUGCUAUAUUCUUCCGCCGACUGUUCUGGCCGUCACUUAGUGUUACUGCAGAUGCGUUUUGACGGACUAUUGGGAUUUGCCGGCGGCGAAGUAGAAGUGGCCGAUGUUACCGUCGCUGAUAUUGUCGACGCCACCAAUCGUGAACUCGAAGAAGAAAUUAACUAUCGUUUCGAUGGUGUCACGCGUGACGACUGGAUUUGUACCCAUCGUGACAGUGGUUCGCCAUUUGUUCAGCACUUCUUUGCCAAAGAGCUGACCGCCGAUCAGUUGCGUCAAUUGGAGACGACUCACACCACUGCUGAACACUUUCCUUGCGAGUCAUUAGGUUUAUUUCGGGUCCCAAUCGGCGGUUUCGAUCAGAAGGGAACGUCGCGAAAGUUUUUGAUCAACUUUUUGGGCCAACGUUUUGCCGGUAAUGCCAGACAACAGUUCAUUGAAACAGUUAAAAAGCUAUCGCUGGUCAGCGAUGACGACCUCAAAUGGAUGGAAAGUCACUCUGAGUUGACAACUGAUAGUGGUUUGGCUGUCGGUAGCGAAACCGGUAUCGAAAUUAAGACUCUGUUGCGUACGGAUCUCGACGUUCAUUAUUAUGACGAAUCGGUAAACGUAACGUACGGACUGAUGAUUGUCAGAGAGGACGGACUGUUCGACUUUGUUGGCCGACAUUAUGUUAGCUCUGGUGAUAACGUCGGCGGCGGCGACGACACCGAUAGCAACCGUAAACUUUGGUUACAAUCCUUAAGACAACAUAUUGUCCACGAUUUGGGCAAAGAUAUCAUACCUCUGGAACAGACAACUAGUGAUGUGAUAUCUGUCGACAAUAAUUUGUGCCAUAUUUUCGACAUACAAUUAAGUGAUAGCCAUUUCUGUCAAAUCGAAACCAAUUUAGUCGAGUCGACAAACUAUGGCUGCAAAGUGUUCGGCAUUUUUCGAGUUCCGCUUGUAUUUCGCGGUUCGACCUCAAAGGCCAACCAAUAUGUUCAGCGAUUCUUCAAUGGAUUUCUUAGUCAACGAUUUGCCGGCAAUUCUAGGAAUCAUAUCAAACAUAUUUACGACAAAUAAUAUUUAGUAUAGAAAAUGCUUAUGUUUUAAG